AUGGACUCACCGGCAGACGGCGGCGCGCUGGGGCUCCGGCGCAGCGCGAGCGCGAAGCAGGCGCCCUCCCCGUCGCCGCUCAGCGGCAACAACGCCUCCUCUCAGAAGCAGCCGCCGCGCGCCUCCACCUCGACCUCCUUGGCGCCUGGGUACCCGCGCAAGGCGCCGUCCAUCAACUGCAUCGCGGCCACCUCCACCGACACCCCGCCGGCCACCCCCAGAGGCAAAACCAAGCAGCCGUCGUCGGCGUCCUCGUCGUCGUACUACUCGUCGAUGUUUUCCCCGAGGAAGCUCAUGCAGCGCGCCUCCCGCGCCUUCCGCGGAUCCGGCAGGUCCCGCCGCAAGAAGAACGCGAUGGCGGCGGCGGCCGUGGAUGGCAGCGAUGUCGACAGCCCAAGGUCCGUCGUCAGCAAGGGCUCCGACGCCGACAGCGUCUUUUCGUUGGACGAUCAGAUCACCGCCGACGGCGACGUCGCAAAGCAGCAAGAGGAGGAGGUCGUCCCGGAGAAGAUCAUACACGAGGCGAACCCGUCGCCGGCGCCCGUUGCCACGGAGCAGAAGGACGAGGGACGCGACAACACGCAGGAGGAGACCUCUGCCGCCAAGGAGGAAGCGGAGCCGAAGAAGGAAUCGGCUCCUCCUGCGCUGGAGGAUGACGUCGCCGACGAGAUCGCGGCGGCGAAGGAGGCGGUGAAGGAGAAGGAGAAGCGCGAGGAGGGGAUCAAGGCGGAGGUGGUGAAGAGGUUCCAGGGGAGGCGGGUGAGGACGACCUCGACGGAGAGGCGGGAGUCGGCGCGCAGCAACGAGGCGAUCGAGGAGGCGAGGACCAAGCUGCUGGAGCUGAGGAAGGGGAACAGGGUGCAGGCACUCGUCGGCGCCUUUGAGACCGUCAUGGAUAGUCCCCAGCGCCGCGCCGCCGCCGGCAAGCCGCAGCUCAACCUCCGCGUCUGA